CCCCACAGCUGCCGUCUCCCCGCCUGCGACCCCGCAGCACCCCAACCCCGGCCGCGCCCAACCCCGGGCGAGGACAGCUUCGGGAAGCGGCUCCGAUCGUGGCCACAAAGACCCCCCAGCCCAGCGGCGAUUCUCGGAGGACCGGUUCCACUCGCAGUCCAUCAUGUCCUUCGGCAGAGACAUGGAGCUGGAGCACUUCGAUGAGCGGGACAAGGCGCAGAGGUACAGCCGGGGGUCUCGGGUGAACGGUCUGCCCAGCCCCACGCACAGCGCCCAUUGCAGCUUCUACCGCACCCGCACGCUGCAGACGCUCAGCUCCGAGAAGAAAGCCAAGAAGGUGCGCUUCUACCGGAAUGGAGACCGUUACUUCAAAGGGAUUGUGUACGCCAUCUCCCCUGACCGCUUCCGAUCCUUUGAGGCCCUGCUGGCUGAUUUGACCCGAACUCUGUCGGAUAACGUGAAUCUGCCCCAGGGAGUGAGAACAAUCUACACCAUCGAUGGGCUCAAGAAGAUUUCCAGUCUGGACCAACUGGUAGAAGGAGAGAGCUAUGUGUGCGGCUCCAUUGAGCCCUUCAAGAAACUGGAGUAUACCAAGAAUGUGAACCCCAACUGGUCAGUGAAUGUCAAGACCACCUCAGCCUCCAGGGCAGUGUCUUCACUGGCCACGGCCAAAGGGAGCCCAUCAGAAGUGCGAGAGAAUAAGGAUUUCAUUCGGCCCAAGCUGGUCACCAUCAUCCGAAGUGGGGUGAAGCCACGGAAAGCUGUAAGGAUUCUGCUGAACAAGAAGACAGCUCAUUCCUUCGAGCAGGUCCUCACUGAUAUAACUGAUGCCAUCAAGCUGGAUUCGGGAGUGGUGAAACGCCUGUAUACCUUGGAUGGGAAACAGGUGAUGUGCCUUCAGGACUUUUUUGGUGAUGAUGACAUUUUUAUUGCAUGUGGACCGGAGAAGUUCCGUUACCAAGAUGAUUUCUUGCUAGAUGAAAGUGAAUGUCGUGUGGUGAAGUCCACUUCUUACACCAAAAUAGCUUCAUCAUCCCGCCGGAGCACCACCAAGAGCCCAGGGCCUUCCCGGCGCAGCAAAUCCCCGGCCUCUACCAGCUCAGUUAAUGGAACCCCUGGCAGUCAGCUUUCUACUCCCCGUUCAGGCAAGUCGCCAAGUCCAUCACCCACCAGCCCGGGAAGCCUGCGGAAGCAGAGGAGCUCUCAACAUGGCGGCUCCUCUACUUCACUUGCAUCCACCAAAGUCUGCAGUUCGAUGGAUGAGAAUGAUGGCCCUGGGGAAGAAGUGUCCGAGGAAGGCUUCCAGAUUCCAGCCACGAUAACAGAACGAUAUAAAGUCGGGAGGACAAUAGGAGACGGGAAUUUUGCUGUUGUCAAGGAAUGUGUAGAGAGGUCAACUGCUAGAGAGUAUGCUCUGAAAAUUAUCAAGAAAAGUAAAUGUCGAGGCAAAGAGCACAUGAUCCAGAAUGAGGUGUCGAUUUUAAGAAGAGUGAAGCAUCCGAAUAUUGUGCUUCUGAUCGAGGAGAUGGAUGUCCCGACUGAGCUCUAUCUUGUCAUGGAAUUAGUAAAGGGAGGAGACCUUUUUGAUGCUAUUACUUCCACUAACAAAUACACUGAGCGAGAUGCCAGUGGGAUGCUGUACAACCUGGCCAGCGCCAUCAAAUACCUGCACAGCCUGAAUAUCGUCCAUCGGGACAUCAAGCCAGAGAACCUGCUGGUUUAUGAACACCAGGAUGGAAGUAAAUCACUGAAGCUGGGUGACUUUGGACUGGCCACCAUUGUCGAUGGCCCCCUGUACACCGUGUGCGGCACCCCAACAUAUGUGGCUCCAGAGAUCAUUGCUGAAACUGGAUAUGGGCUGAAGGUGGAUAUCUGGGCAGCUGGAGUCAUCACUUACAUCCUGCUCUGUGGUUUCCCUCCAUUUCGUGGAAGUGGCGAUGACCAGGAGGUGCUGUUUGAUCAGAUCUUGAUGGGGCAAGUGGACUUUCCUUCUCCAUACUGGGACAAUGUUUCUGAUUCUGCAAAGGAGCUUAUCACCAUGAUGCUGUUGGUCAAUGUGGAUCAGCGAUUUUCAGCUGUGCAGGUCCUUGAGCAUCCCUGGGUUAAUGAUGAUGGCCUCCCUGAAAAUGAACAUCAGCUGUCAGUAGCUGGGAAGAUAAAGAAGCAUUUCAACACAGGCCCCAAGCCGAACAGCACAGCAGCUGGAGUUUCUGUCAUAGCACUGGACCACGGGUUUACCAUCAAGAGAUCAGGGUCUUUGGACUACUACCAACAACCAGGAAUGUAUUGGAUAAGACCACCGCUCUUGAUAAGGAGAGGCAGGUUUUCCGACGAAGACGCAACCAGGAUGUGAGAAACCGGUUCAAGGCCCAGCCAGCCCCUCCGGAACUCAACUCGGAAUCCGAAGACUACUCCCCCAGCUCCUCCGAGACUGUUCGCUCCCCCAACUCUCCCUU